GCGGCCUCAGAGACCGACCGGCAUUAUGCCGGCUUACCCUACCUUCAUGAAGUUAUGUGAAACAAGGAUAUCUUGUCCUUUGGCCUCUCGAGUAGAUCAGUUCUAUCCCAGUGACAACCUGAACAGCCAGCCAUCAAUCAUCGGCGCGUGGCGCUUCAUCAAUUUCCGGCUAUGGCUGUUUUGCCCACGAUACAUAUAUACUCGACAUGUGCAGAUUCUGUGGAAUAGGAACGGCAUGUCUUCUUGCGCCAUCGAGUAAGGCUGGAAGUUUUCAUUGCCCUUGGUUGAAGGUAAGAAAGAAACGGCCUAACGGCUGGCUUUACAUAAUGGUUUAUCAACCGUCGCUGGCUGUCAUUGCUCAAAGAACGAAGCAGAUGAGCUAUCUAAGCACCAAGGGCUGCACGAUCAUUGCCAUUGGGAUGGAGCAUGUACGGAUACUACAUCAUUGUUGCAACCGCCUGGCAUUUGUGAUGUUGCUCCGGCCGUGGGGGAGUCUUGUGGACGAUACUGCCAGUGAUGGAGGUUGUUUGCAAGACUAUCUUCGUAUGGUUACUACAUCAUCAAGCACAGCUGCUGCGUGAUGCUACUAGGUAUAGGGGCAUGUUUUCUUGCUUGAUAAAACUCCGGAGCACGUUGGAAUCUCUCCUCGAGGUCAAGUAACAGAGGGUACCUGAUACGAACCACGUAAAGUGGCA